AUGUCUGGUGAUAGGUACUACAGCGGAGGCAACUCCAACUACGGCGACGACAGCUACGAGUCCCCCCGCGGCCGGCUCCUGUCCUCCCGGGACUACGACUAUCCCUCGUCCAGCAACGGGGAGCAGUACGCGAGCCGGGGCCGCACCCGCACCCGCUACGACUCCCCAAUGGACCAGCGCCCCAGCACUCGGCGGCGGGAGUCAUCCUUCUCGCCCAUCACGACGAACGAGCGCGGCCAGCCCAUCUCAGCGCGCUACCACGCUCAGCAGCAGGCGCAAUCGCGCUACACCGAGCCGACCCGCGCCCAGGGCGAGGUGCAGUACACGCGCAGCGGACAGGCGUACUACGCUCGCAUCGUUGAGCCCCGCCCCGCCGACCAGUACAACCGGUACCCGUCGGUGUCGGACUCGCGCGAGCUGGUCCUAGCCCGCGAUGCUCCGCCCCCGCGCUCGGCGGCCUGGGAGCGCGACGCUUCGGCCCGUGCGCCUGACUCUGCUUACGGCGCUCGCUAUGGCCUGGAUGCUGUGUAUGGGGCUAGGCAGGGCAGGCCCGGCUUGGAUCGCUUGGCUCAGGAUGCGGCGCGCUGGGCUGCUGGUGGCCGUAAUGACUUGUAUGGCCAGUGGGAUACGCAUGCGCGCUCGUCGAAGUACGAAAGCUCCUCGUCGGAUGGAAAGGAUGACACCUACGGCUCUAGGGGGUACUAGGUAAGUUUGUGCGGCUGGCCUCUUCUUCUACUGACUGAGUAGCUGCCCUUACCUCUACUGACUGAUCUGCUCUUCUUUCCUUUUUUUCUGCAACACUGACUGAGCGGUUUCCCUUUCCUCUCUUGAGAAAACCAGAAACUACAAAACAACAAAAACAGGUGUAAAAACUAAAAACACAAAAAAGAAAAAGGUAGGAGGCUUUUUGUUUUACGGUCGAUGGGAGGCUUACACUUUUGCCACACAAAUAAACCUAGAAAAACACAAAAAAACGCGAUUGCCUUUGUACAACCAGUGCCCUCAACUUCUGUGACAGUGAUCUUCCGC